CUUACAAAAAUAUACGAAGGUUAUUAAAUUCACUUAAAUAUUUGCUUAACAUUCGCUAUUGCUCAUUGCGUUCUUAUUAUCUAUACGAUUAAAACAUGUUCCAUAAUAUUACUGCUGGUAUCACAGUUUUAACAGUAAUUACGUCUGCUGUGGCCCAGCAGACGUAUACUCACGCGGAGGCAUUAGAAAAAAUUGAAGCAGUAGGAAUUACAAUUGCAUCAAGUGGCAACUGCAGCGAUCGUAAUAUUGCGUCAUGUACGUCUCUUGAACAAAUUCGCCGGAAGACUAUCGACAGUGGUGUUAUCGUAUUAAAGGAAGCAUCACAAUGUGAUAUAAUAAUCACCGGGGGAACUGAGGUUGGUCAUAGUUCGAGCACCUAUUCACAUUUCAAUGGAUACAAACUCGACUACAGGCUAAAUACAUGUCUGAAUGACUACAUUAUGAAACGAUAUACUUACUUGGGACUACGAGGUGAUGGAGCGAAAAAAUACAUGUCUGCAGCAGGAAACAUUUACGCCCUCGAAGGAAAUCACUGGGAUGUGACUUACUAUUAAAUCAUAGUGGUCUGAUAUCAGAAAUAAAAAAUAAAUUCAGACGAUUCAAUU